GCCGUUCCAAGGCUUGCCGGUGCCAGAAAUGAACUAAUUUUGCCUAUGAUAUACAGAUUUAAGCACAACGCCGAACAGGCGUGGUUUACCUUGCUGGAUUCAUCUUCUGCCCGGUAAAAACCCUGUAUCUUGCUGCAAAUGUUUGCUGGCCGCGCCACCAGGCAUGCAGCCCGCAUGCAUCGACUGUUUAUCAUGGCAGAAAUGUCUUUCACUCGGGCAUCGAGCGCAGUUGCAGAUAUGCAUUUUAAUCCUGGCCUUCGACACACAGUCUACGGUAUGACGGAUGGCGUAGGUAGGAGAGCUCUUGUUCGCAUCAAGCUUUGUACGCCACUGAGAACAGCGACAAUCUCCUUGAGCUCCCCGAGAAUACGGAAGCCAAGUUCCAAGUGUCUCAAGAAGAUCACACCUAUGAGAAAGGCGACUUGUUAAUGAAGGGUAGAGUGGUCGAGGUGGAGACUUCGGCGUAUCUCGUUCUCACAACGGAAAGCUUUGGCACCGAAGUUAAGCCAUGUUAACGAGCUUUAAAUCUUGAAUCCAACUACCUUUUGGACCGUCGUCCCCCUAUACAUCUAUUAUUGCGCAUGAACUCGAGGAAACCCCUCAUAUCAUAACAGUGGGGAUACAGCUCAAUAAUCGAAGGUACAGCGAUUCAAUUCCACAUCCACUUUUCUGCAAACUGCUCCAACCCUGAGAAGAGCACCAAGGUUAAAUUGACCAUUUAUAUGACCUCAUGCCACUCUGGUCAUCGAACUGCUACUGGUAUUACUCCCUCGGCGCUACGGGGCAUUCCCAGGAAUCAGUGGGAUAUCUUGACCGAGAACAGCGACAAAUCUUCGAGCCGGUUAUCAAGUCUGUUCGCUGGGGUGGGGGGGAUAUGGCCAGCCGGUUCAGUUGACGGUAUGCACCCAGCUCAGCGAGAUAAUACUUGACUAGCAUUAGGCUUUUGCCCACCGUGGGCAAUGCGGAUCCCACUGGUGGUCAAAUUCGAAGAUAAGGCAUGACGACCCAGAGGUGUAAGUCAUUCUAGAAUCGCUUCGUCGGAAACCUUUCAAAGGGGGUUGUAUAUCUCUAGUAGAAUGUUCCCCUGGAGGCUUCGGCUCUCGUUUCUCCCAGAGUCACGAAGGUCAACACCAUAGUCAGCUAUAGCAGUAGCGUCUUUUCAUGUCUCUC